AUGGACAAACUCUACACCCAACCUGGUUACACUCUUCACGAUCAUUCCACAAAUUUUACUUUCAACAUUUCGGGUUUCCUCUCACAAACUGCCUCUCCAACCACAACCAUUCAAAGCUUGUUGAAGGAAAAUUAUGCUCAUGCUGUGAAAGUUGCUGCAGAAAAGAUUCGUGGUAUUGAGUCUGGAAAAGUCGUAAACAAGACUGUGAUCGUAUCGGAAUCUGAAAAUCGUUGCGUCGAUCACUACAAUUUACGUUUGAAGAAUUCAUCUGUUGCUGGAAAGUCCCUCGAUGAAAGCUUAAAGUUGUGGAAUGAUAUUGUCGAAAAAGUUGAUGCCAUCACAAGUGGAAAAUUCAAAAAUCCACAAAAUGGCAAAGCUUACAAGAAUGUAAUUUUCAAUGGAAUUGGUGGAUCUUAUUUGGGUCCACUGUUGUUGUGUGUGGCUAUCAAGGGAAUUUAUUACAAUGAUUUACAACAACGUGAUGGUCUUCCAAAAUUAUACUUUGUCAGUAAUACAGAUGCUGAAAGCUUUGAUCAAUUAUUUGGUGAAAAGGGUGUUUUGGAUUUGAGUGAAAGUUUGCUUGUCAACAUGUCAAAGAGUGGUGGUACAGCAGAGACCAAGGGAAACAUGAAUUCCUUCAAUCGUUUGCUUGUUGAUAGAGGAAUUGCACAGAACGGAAACAUUGGACCUUACAACAUUGCCAUUACUACCAAGAAUAGCAACUUUGACAAAUUUGCUCAAAAGAACCAAUUUUUACAUACUUUCUAUAUGAAUGAAGAAACUGGUGGUAGAACUAGUGUUGGUAGUGCCAUUGGUAUGGUUCCAGCUGCAUUUGCCAAACUGGAUUUUGCUGAAUUCUUGAGAGGACAAUCCUACAUGGAUGAAAUGACAAGAAGGUUUGACACCUUGGAACACCAAUUGAAAAAUCCAGCUCUCAUCACUGCAAUUCUUUUGGAUCAUUAUCAAAAGAGACAUGGAAGAAAGAACUUGAUUGUUCUUGGUUAUUCUGAUUCUUUACGUGAAUUUGCACACUACUUGCAACAAUUGUAUAUGGAAAGCUUGGGAAAGCAAUUUUUAGAGAAUUCUGGUGUUGAAAAUCCAGAAGGUCAAACUGUCUUUGGAGGUGUUGGAACAGGUGAACAACAUGCUUUCAUGCAACAAGUUCAAAAGGGUAUCAAUGAUUGCAUUGUCAAGUUUGUCCACUUUUUAAAGAGAUCUUCCGACUAUUCAGUGCUUGAUCCAACCGAUAAGCAAGAACUUAGGGGAGAACAUGUCGAAGCAAGUGAAUUGACAGAAUUCACCAAGAAAGGAACCAGCUAUUUGAGCAUGGGAAGACAAAUGCUUGGAUUUAUUAAGGGUACUGAAAAUGCCUUGUAUAAGAACGGAAAACCAUUCUUGACAUGUACCUAUGAGAAAGCUGACAUGUUUAAUAUGGGUAUGAUGAUUGCACUUGAGGAAAGAAUUGUCUCAAUUUUGGCUGCUUUCAGAGGAAUCAAUGCCUAUGAUCAACCAGGUGUUCAAGAUGGUAAAAUCAGCGCCAAUGACAUGAACAAAUUUGGUGACAUUCUUGAAAGAAAGAUGGUCAGCGUGAUUUUGCAAAAUAAGGGAUGGAAAGGAAGUGCAAGUGUUGCUAUUAAGGAAUUCGAGAAGGACUUGACCGGUGCUCCAAUCUGGUAUGUCGAUUCAAUCUUGAGUGACAUGUAUGGAAAUUGGAAUGUUGAAUGGGCCUAUCCUCGAUUGAAACAAGUGGUCUCUGACGUCAAACGAGAAUGGAGCGAGCAAGAAGGAAGAACAGAAUUUGUCUACCAAUUUAUUUCCAAAUUGUAA